UGUUGUUUUUCUCUCGUCACUUAUAUUCCACACUCCACACUCUACACACAGUCUGGAUGGUGAAUAGACUACAGCUGCUUGCUGCUUCAAUUACUUGGCGAUGAGCAGCGAAUAUGAGUUCUUCGUUCCGCAAAGGUGGUGGCGGCGGUGCGGCUCAGAGGAAUUACAAAUAUCGAAGACUCUCAAGCACUGAAAAAGGGUCUGGCAUCUACUACAGCUCCUGUGAUGAAGAUGAAGAAAUAUUUUUCUCUCAAGGUACAGAGCUGAUAAAGCUUAAUGGUCGAAGCAGCAGUGCUUCCAAAGACCACAGCAGUGACAUAGCAGCCAAGUAUGUUCCUGAUUAUGAACAGCUUGUAGACCGACCAAUCAAGCAUGGGGAGACUCUGACUGGAUUGGCCCUCAAGUACAGGAUCCCUGUAGCAGAGUUGAAGAGAAUCAACAAAAUUAUCCAAGAAAAAGAGUUCUAUGCUUUGAAGUCAUUAAAAAUACCAAUUAAAGCGAAUUCUAUACUCGCUGAAGUGCUGCAGCAAGAACAGUGUCAGAAUGAGCCUGCAUCAGCUAGUGUGGCCAGCACAAGAGCAGCAAUGCUGGGCACUAGAAGUGUCAGCAGUUGCAGCGAGUAUGAAAGUGAUUCUGAGAUGCAUGUUGGUUACAUAAGUAUUGAUCGUAUUUUGAGAGACAAACGAACCAAGAAGGAAGCAAAAAAAUUUCUAGAUUCAAUGCAGAAAGAUUUAGCAGAUAUUCGAGAAAAAACCAACUCUUAUAAGAACUCUCUAGAUGAAGUAGCUGCAGUACUGACAGACCAACGUUUCCAGCCACUGGAUCGGCAGGAGAGUGGAUGCUCAGGAGCUGAUUGGGGGAUUUCAUGGUGGAGAAUAUUAUUAAUUGGAGCUUUACUUCUUGUUGGUAUCCCUUUCUUGGUAUAUGUUUAUUUGAAUUAUCCAAAGAAUUAAUGGUUAUAUUUAUUAACAAAUUUAGUGUGUAGUAACAUUCCUACUAGUUGGAAUUUCUUAAGAUUGGAAUUGUGUACCAGAAAAGAAAACAAUGUUUAUUUGUUGUAUUAAUCAUACUGUUCCUGAAGUGAUAUAAUAAAACAAAAGAAGGAUGUAUCUUACAUAAAAGUAAACAUGUAUGUGAGAUAAGGAAGGAGAAACCUUUGAACAAGUUUAACCCUUAAACAGUGGCAUGUAUCAGAACUUAAAGUCUCCAUAUACAGGGUAAAAUGGACAUUUCAUUAUGAAAACAAAUUCUGUCAAUGCAUUGCUACAUAACAUUCUAGUAAUCAAAAUUUUUCUUAUGAAAUUACAUUUUAUGUAUAUGAAGAGCAGCAAAAUAUAAAACUUACUUUUUAUAAAUAAACGGCAGAUUUGUAGACAAUGGUGUUCCACGAUGUGGGAAGAUUGCAGUAGAGGUAGAAAAGAAUGCAUUGGACUCAAGAUAAAGACAAUGUUUUUUUGACUAAUGCAUUUUCUCUUGUUUUCUUGUAUUACUUUACAGAUCAAAAAUAUUAAACUGACUUUCUAUUGCUUUAUCAUAACACUCAGCAGUAUUUGUUUUGUUAGUAGCAGUGGUGGCUAUGGCUGUGAUAUAAGGGAAUGGAACCCAAAAUGAAGGUAAUUUCCCAUAUCCUCAUAUGCUCUCUGCUUAUGCCGAAAUAAAUGAGCACCACUGUUUAAGGGUUUACAAGAGAUUCUUGAUGGCAGCUUUUGGUAUAGAUCAUCAUUCCCUCCAAGUAUUUUGAGAAGUUAUAGAAGGCAUGGUUCUUUGAGACUGUCUUUAUUAUAAGACAGGAUGUAGUGGAUUCCAGGGAAUCAAAGGCUUAUGUAGUAUGUGGAGGAAGAUAUUUUUGUAUGUGGGCUUUUAAUGGAACUGAUAUUCAACUCUUUAUUAAGAAGAAUGCUUUCUCUACAGAGAGAGAGAGAGAGAGAGAGAGAGAGAGAGAGAGAGAGAGAGAGAGAGAGAGAGAAUUAUGUAGCAUAGAUUGUCUUGUAUUCAAUAUUAUGUGGAUUUGUAAAUCUUUAAUAAUUUGGUGUUUUGAUGAAGUGUUUGUUAAUCAUUGGUUGUGGGGGUUUCAUUAUAUAUAGCAAAUAUACUGUGUGUGUGUGUGUGUGUGUGUGUGUGUGUGUGUGUGUGUGUGUGUGUGUGUGUGUGUGUAUAUAUAUAUAUAUAUAUAUAUAUAUAUAUAUAUAUAUAUAUAUAUAUAUAUAUAUAUAUAUAUAUAUAUAUAUAUAUAUAUAUUAUUUUAAGUAAAGCAAUUAUCUGAUAAUUUCCUAUGUAUUUGAGUGAAAAUUUGAUAGGCUUAAGUUCUUGUUAUCAUUUUAUCAAGCUUGGAAAUCAUUCAAAAUACUUUUUCCUUGGAAAAUCCAGUUUAUUUAUUUAUUUUUUUAUCCAAACUCAGUAAGUUAAUUCAGACCUUAUUUCAGUCCUCUUGCACAUCAAAUGGAGAUUUGUAAAACAUUGUAAUAUUUUAAAAUCAGAAAAACACUGCAUCCACUAAAACAAAAUCUGACCUGAAAUAGAAGACAGUGGAGUCUACAUGAACUGAACUUUGUCAACUGGUUUAGUUAUAGAUAGCUAAAUAAUCUAAAGAUUAUUAUGUAUCAGCUAGGCUGGAAUUGAACUGUUAGAAGUACAGUCAACUUUGAUUAACGUGAGUUUGAAUAACAUGAUUUCAAUUUAACAUGACAAUAUUUAAGGAGAUAUGAUCAAAUAAUUUAAUGUUGGUUUACUCAAGCUGAUGACAUCACACGCACCCACGUCACUUCUGGUGGGAGCUACACUGGGCCGGGAUCCAAGAAACUUAACAAAUAGUGGAUCAACUUCCAGCCGCGAAAUGGUAUCCACCAACAUGUAGGGAGACAUUGUUGCCAUGGUAACAAGGCUGCUGGUAGGUUGCCAAGUAAAACCACCUCCUGGGGAGGUGUUACUGUCUCAUAUAUAUAUAUAUAUAUAUAUAUAUAUAUAUAUAUAUAUAUAUAUAUAUAUAUAUAUAUAUAUAUAUAUAUAUUUACAAAACAACAUUUCUAUUAUCUUUUCACAAGCCUUACCACCAAAGAAGGAUUGUUUUGUGAUGCACAAAGUGAAAUAUUGCACUUGACAUGGAAAAAAAAAGCAUGAGAUGAGGAGGCAUUUCUGAUCAGUGGCGGCUGCUUCUUUUUCUUGUGACCCCCUUUACCUAGCUUGUUGCUUCCACCACAAGUAUGAGAAGGAACAGAGUGUUUCUGAACUACCACUCUGCCACAGAGUCAAGGUGAUCUUCAUGGCAUGAUUGUAUAUGAAUACAAAUGUAUGAUAUCCAUUAUAGCAGGUAAUAAAGGAGUUGAAAUAAAUAUUGUGGUGAAAGCAACACACAAGAUAAAGAAGGUAAGAAGAAGAAGCGGCUGCCGCCAAUCACAAAUGCCUCCUUAUCUCCUUUGUUUUCUGUGUUUCAUGAAAGAUUUCACUUUGUUCAUCAUAAAACAAUUCUUUCUUGGUUGUAAGCCUUGUAAAAAAGCUAAUGGAAAUGUUGUUUUGUGAACAUAAAUGUAUAUAUAAGAACAUAGUCCACAGUCUAGAGUUAACCUACACCGUGAGUGGAUAAUUUCUCUGCGUUUUCACUUAGUGUCUUAUACUAUGGCAUCCAAGAGUCCUUCAAUCUCCUCACAGGAAAGUGAUUCCAAGAAAUCAAGGAAGAGUGUGAACAUUGAAAAGAAGUUGGAAGUGUCAGAUCACUAUGCUAGGAAAGAAAAGACCUCAAUGAUUGUCCAUGUGAUGGAACUGAGGGAGAACAUGUUGCAUACCAUCAGAGGUAAUAAAGAGAAUGUGUUCUUAUUUUUUCCGUGACUUGGUAAUGUAUUAAUAGUUUUUAAGGUUUGAGUAACAAAAUCCUCAAAAUAGGCAGACUUUCCCAGUGGCCAGGUAUGUAACCCCCUAUUACCAUAUUGUCUUCUAUGGGAAAAUUAUGUUUGAAUGACCUUAUUUUGAAUAACGUGACAUCUCCAGGAAUGUAACACUCGCUUUAAUCAAGUUGACUGUAUUUGAAAUGCCUGUAUCCUUCUCACACCACUUUCAAUCUGUUUGCUUUAAAUUUUGAAUCACCUAAAUUAUAAAUUGCAGUGUGUUCUAGUAUCUGUGUACUUGUGGAUAAUUCAAGUAAAUCUAGCUAAAUUGUGACCACAUGACUAGUGUAGGAGAGAUAAACACUACAUUGCCUUGUGGAUUAGUAGGAUGAAGUGAUGUGGUUUGAUUAGUGACCAAAAUACCAAAGAAAAUUGUUGAAGCACCAUAUCCCUUUUUCUAAUUCCACUUCCAUAGGAGCUGACCAUUUCCAGAAAUAAGACUAGGAAGCAUGAUUGUGACAGUAAUGGCAAGAAAAGAAGUGCCCUUGCUAUGGAAUAAGGAGGAAACAUUGUUAUAAGUUAUGAGCACUUUUCAUAAACUUUCUUUUUUCCAUAAAAGGGAAUAAAACUAUUUACUCUAUGAGUAAGUCAAUUAUAUAUCUGAUAUAGCACUGUGAAAGCAUUCUAUUAAUGGUAAUUUUGAGUUGCUAAUCCUCAAAAAUCACAUUCCUCCAUCUGAAAAAAUGCCUGGUGAAGUAAAAAAAUAAAUGUUACCAAUACCUAAAUAUGAUAGUGCGUAUGUUACUAACUUUGUAUACAGGUAUUAAUGUAGAUGGAAAUGAACAUUAGUUAAGGCUUCUUGGUGUUGGCUACUAAUGUUGUAUUGAUGUAAUUUGUUUUGUCACCAAAUUUUUAUUUCUUCUAUGGUUCAUGUAUUUUAAAUUUACUCAUGCUACUAAUGAAUUUUUAUUGAAGAUUUGUAGCUUAUUCUGUGAGUGAUUUCUACUAUUUAAUGACACGUUUCCAUAAGUUACUAGCUAAAUGCAACUAAAAAUGUAGAAACAAUAUGUCAAAAGGGCACGAUUUUGGAAGAUUAAAAAACGACCAUAAUUAGAAUUUGUGAUGUGCAAGAGGUUUAGUAAAUGCAAAGUCAAAAGCACAUUGAGCAUUGCUGUUACUUGAAACCUUAUUAUCAUGUGACUCUUACAGUAUUUUCCAUACUUUCAACCCAUAUUCAAAGUUAGUUUACAGGUGUGAUCAUGAUGUAAAGGCUGGAUUGGUUUUCAUAUAAUCAUGGUGCAAUUUUUAUUCACUACAGUCAGAAAAGGGGAUAUGAUUGAAAUUGCAAUUAAACAGACAAUGAUAACGGCAUUGUAUGUGUGGCAGCAGCCACUACUGUAGUUGACAAAUAUGGGUUAUCAUUUAUAGAACUGCUGAUUUUAGCAGCAUGAGUGAGACUGUCAAGUGCAAUCAUGAGUGAAUGAAAUUAUUAGUGAAACUUUCUCUAAGUCAUGGAGCCCUUUGUUUUUAAGUUUAACCAUAGAACUAGACAACACUAUAUUGAAUUAAGCUAAAGUUCAUUGUAGCCUAAGAUCAAGUUUCUUUUUUAGCUCACUGUAGCUAAAGUUGAAACUUCUAUUACAUCUACUGGAACAGAUAGUUCAUCCAGUUAAAUCCAUUUGCUUGCUGGAGGGUAUAAUUUCCCAGUUAUGGUUUUACUGAAGUGCCAUAAAUACUGAAUGGUAGUAAUGUGGUAAAUCUUGUGAGUUUUUAUCUUAAAUUCUCAGCCUUUAUCAUGUAUGGUUUUACUCUGGGUCUAAUUUCCAUUGCUUAUUUGGUAUUUGAAUAUUCUCUCCCAUUCAUUAUAGUUCUAUGCCUCAGUGCUAUUCAUUGUAAAACUGUUCCACUGUUAUUUUUGUAAGGAAAAAUAUUUUUCAAUAAAAAUUGAGAAAUCUUUAUAACAAAGUA